CAAUAUUACUUGGAUGAUCCUUGAAAUUUCACAAAGGGUGAAAAUAUUAGGGUUUCUAGCUUCCGGGGACGAAGAUCCUGGAAUCGCUUUUGCUCAUUGAGGUUUGUUCAUGCUCGAGUGAGCUUUAAGCUUAGCGGUAUUCUAAUUUGAAAAUACGAUUGAAAGGAAGGAUCUUUACUAUGGAUGAGAGAGAUGGGAGAGAUGAGAUGGAACAAUUCCACCAAAACGAAGCGAUCUCUGCCGUCGCCGACGACGGUUUUACGGCGGAGGAAGAGGACGACGACUAUGAUGAUCUUUACAACGACGUUAACGUCGGAGAAGGGUUUCUUCAGUCUGUUAAAAAGAACGACGAAACGGGAUCAAGAGACGAGGAGAAGGAGGAGGUCAAAACCGAGGGUGAAGAAGAUAGGGUUGAAUCAGUUUUAGGUACGUCGGAAGCUGAGGUCUCGAUCCCUGGUUUGGUUGGUGAGAGCGUUGCCGUCAAAGAAGAGGCUGAAGCAGAAGCAGGAGAAGGAGAAGGAGGAGGAGAAAGUGGAAAUGGAGCUCAAGAGCUUAAGGUAAGUGAUGUUAGUGAUGGGCUUAAGGCCAAUAAUGUUGAGGCUCCUAAAGGAAAUAUUGUUUUGCCACCACCGCCUAGCUUAGGAAAUAACGAGAAUUUGAUGAGACCUGUGAUGGGAAAUGCUAAUGGCGUGGCUCCUUCUGGACCUGGUAGUAGCAUAGCCGGGAACGGAGCUAUCAUUCAUAUGCCUGGUGUUGUUAAUGGUGGGGGAACCGGUGGUGGUGGAGCUUUUGUUUACGUUGGGGAUUUGCAUUGGUGGACGACUGAUGCUGAGCUUGAGGCAGAGCUGUGCAAGUAUGGUGCAGUGAAGGAGGUUAAGUUCUUCGACGAGAAAGCUAGUGGGAAGUCGAAAGGGUUUUGUCAAGUGGAGUUCUAUGAUCAAAUGGCAGCUACUGCUUGCAAAGAGGGGAUGAAUGGGUAUGAAUUCAACGGUAGGCCUUGUGUUGUUGAUUAUACUUCUCCGCAUUCGGGCAAGAGAAUAAGGGAGGCACAUGUGAAUAGGAACCAGCAGGUGCAGUCUGGAUUUUCACAAGCUAAGAAAGGAGGCCCUGCUGAUUCUCCGAUUAAACCCCUAGCGACCACCAACAGCAAUAAUAACGUCGGGAGUUUCCAAGGUGGGGAAAAUAGAGGAUUUGGCAGGGGUAAUUGGGGUAGAGGAAUGGGUGGUAGAGGACCAGGUGGUCAGAUGAGGAAUAGGCCUGGUGGGAUGGGUGGAAGAGGUUUUGGUGGAGGUGGGUUUGGUCAAGGAAUGGGCACAGGGCCUCCUAUGAACAUGAUGCAUCCUCAGUCAAUGAUGGGGCAAGGGUUUGAACAAGCUUUUGGUGGACCCAUGGCGAGAAUGGGUGGCUAUGGAGGAUUCCCUGGGGCUCCAGUUCCUCCGUUUCCUGGGCUUAUGACUUCUUUCCCUCCUGUUGGUUUACCUGGAGUGGCACCUCACGUGAAUCCAGCGUUUUUUGGAAGAGGGAUGCCGAUGAAUGGAAUGGGAAUGAUGCCUAAUGCUGGUGUUGAUGGAGGGCAUAAUAUGGGAAUCUGGGAUCCCAAUAAUGGAGGAUGGGGUGGCGGUGAAGAUUUGGGUGGUGGGAGAGCUGCGGAAUCGAGUUAUGGGGAGGAAGCUGCAUCAGAUCAUCAGUAUGGCGAUCGUCCAAAUCAUGUGAAGGAAAAGGAAAAAGGUUCAGAAAGAGAAUGGUCUGGUUCAUCCGAUAGAAGGAAUCGUGAGGAUAAAGAUGUUCAUGGUUAUGAUUUGCCGGAGAGAAGGCAUCGUGAUGAUAGAGACAGUGGUCGUGAGCGUGAGAGGGAACAUCAUCAUAAGGAGCGUGAACGCUCCAGGGAUCGUGACAGAGAAAGGGACAGAGAGAGGGAUCGUCAUAGAGAAGAACGAGAAAGAUAUGGUGGUGAUCAUCGUAACAGACACAGGGAAGAACCGGAGCAUGAUGAUGAGUGGAACAGAGGUCGAUCGUCCAGAGGACACAGCAAAUCACGGUUGUCUCGGGAGGAUAACCAUCACUCAAGAUCAAGGGAUGCUGAUUAUGGGAAACGAAGGCGGCUUACAACUGAAUAAUGACUAUGGUUCCUGCUGUCUUCUUAAAUUCACAGCGUUAUGGGGUAGACUGACUUUGUGAGCUCCUCCAAAAAUCUGAAGCCUUGUAACAGAAAGAAGUCUCUCACUGGUGAGAUCUCUUCUUCCACUCAGCUUAGUUAAGUGGAAAGAAACUCGGCAAACGUUUGCCUUUUAAGUUCUAAGACACCUUACCUUUUACCAUUUUUAUGUGAAAUUUCUAAGACCAAUGUGUUGUGGUGAUGCUAUGGCCUUUCGAGUGUCCAUCCAAUUGUGUUUAGAUCUUAUUCUAACUGUUCCUGAGCUUUGUUGUUCUGUAGUUUUAUUAGUUGUAGCCAAAUAGUUAGCUUGGCCAGUACUACUGAUCUCGUUUCUCCA